AUGUCCGAAAGUUUCCUGGAAAAUACCGAGACACCUAAGGCAUUGGAACUGAAAACGUAUGACGAAAAAGUGGACGGUGAAGGUGUUGAGAAAAGCACCGAAAAUGCAGCUAAAGAUGAAGUAAGCGUCAAGCAUGAACUAAGUAAUAGCGAAGAACUUGAAAAUGGCCAUGCUUUAAAGAGAGCUAAGUUAGAAGAAUCUUUGAAGAAUAAAAAUACCAUAAUCGUUGUUCCACCUACAAAGCCGCAAUUGUUCUAUAGUCCAUUGAAAACCGGCUUGGUAUAUGAUGUCCGGAUGAGAUAUCACGCUAAAAUAUUUACUUCUUAUUUUGAAUACAUCGAUCCACAUCCAGAGGAUCCACGUCGUAUUUACCGUAUUUAUAAGAAGUUGGCAGAGGCUGGGUUGAUUCAAGAUAGUUCAUUAUCAGGAAUUGAUGAAAUAGGGCCGUUAAUGGUGAAGAUUCCAAUCAGAGAGGCGUCAGCGGAAGAGAUAUUAGAGGUCCAUUCAGAAGAGCACUUGAGGUUUAUUGAAUCAACAGAGACUAUGAGCCGUGAACGGUUAUUGGAGGAAACAGAGCGGGGUGAUUCGAUUUACGUGAAUAAUGAUUCGUAUCUCUCUGCUAAACUUUCGUGCGGUGGAACUAUCGAAGCCUGUAAGGCCGUGAUCGAGGGUCGUGUAAAGAACUCUCUUGCUGUAGUGAGACCCCCGGGACAUCAUGCUGAACCUGACACACCAGGGGGAUUCUGUCUAUUCAGUAACGUUGCAGUUGCCGCGAAAAAUAUUCUCAAGAGGUAUCCUGAAUCAGUGAGAAGAAUUGUGAUUGUUGAUUGGGAUAUCCAUCAUGGAAAUGGUACUCAAAAGGCGUUUUACGAUGAUCCAAGAGUAUUGUAUAUUUCACUUCAUAGAUAUGAAAAUGGUAAGUUUUACCCAGGAACAAAAUAUGGUAAUAGCACACAAACUGGAGAAGGUGCUGGGGAAGGUUAUUCAUUGAAUAUACCGUGGAGAACGCCCGGUAUGGAUGAUGGUGAUUAUUUUUAUGCUUUUAACAAAGUUGUAAUACCAGUUAUCACUGAAUUUGAUCCUGAUUUGGUUAUCGUUAGUUCGGGUUUCGAUGCGGCAGAUGGAGAUAUAAUCGGGGGAUGCCAUGUUUCUCCUACUGGUUAUGGCCAUAUGACCCAUCUACUUAAGGGAAUAGCGAAAGGAAAACUAUGUGUUGUUUUGGAAGGAGGUUAUAAUUUAGACUCUAUCAGUAAAAGUGCGUUAGGAGUAGCAAAAGUAUUAGUUGGAGAACCACCUGAAAAUACAAUUAGGUCACAACCUCAUAUCGAAACUUUGGAAGUUAUAGAUGAAGUUAUUAAGAUUCAGUCAAAAUAUUGGAACUGCUUGAAACCUGGAAAUCCUACCAACUCAUUAGAUGAUGUCUACGAUUUACCUAAUGACAACACGGCCUAUAAACUCACAAAUAUCGCAGACCCAAUCAGGUCACAUCAAGUUGAAGAAUUGUUUAAUAGAUAUUCAUUUAUUAACUUACCUAUAGUGGCAGCUUCAAAGACUAAGACAGAACAAAGUAAUUCCUUUUUCACCACAGAUUUACCUCCUAGCUUGGAAGACUUAAUUGUAGCUAGUCCUGAUAUAUAUGACUGCUCAACAAUUAUAAUAUCUGUUCACGACCCACCAGAAAUAUGGGCAAAUAUAAAUCCAAUCAAUGGUAGUAUAGAGGGAAGUGCCUCGGUUGUUUUAGAACAUCCAUUGACUCAAAUGAUCGAGAAGAUAAAGAAAGAAACUAGUAAUAAUUCUAACAUUGCCAAUGAAAAAAUAGGAUACAUCGAUAUAAAUAUUCCUUCCUAUGCAUUGUCUAUACCGUCAUUGAAUAACGGUAAUUCAAAAUCGGCGACCCAAUCAACUUACAAUCCAACUAUAUUCGCGCAAGAGUUGCUUCUAUAUGUCUGGGACAACUACUUGGCCUACUUCUCCCAAUUAAAAAAAUUAGUGUUUGUGGGAUUUGGAGAUUCAUAUCAAUCAAUUGUACAUUUAUACGCCAAGAGGCCGUCGAGCGAGAUUAAAAAUUUAGUUCAAGGAACUGUCAUAUUUGUUAAUAGAUCAGCCCUUAAACCCUUGGUACCUGUUAUGGAUGAAUCAAUGGUAGAUUGGUAUUACCAAAAUUCUGUUGUAUUUACUAGUUGCCUUCACUCAUGCUGGAAUGGAUCCAGCGGAGCAACCGGUACUUCUUUAUCUAGAACCAAUGGUAGUACAAAUAAUGGUAAUGAGGUAAAUGGUAUUGACAAUAGUAAGAGACCAAGGCGAAAGUUUGGAAGGGUUUUAAAAGCAUCAUCUGAUGGGUUAUGGGAGGUUAUUAGUGAGCGGUUUGACGAAGGUAUUGAUUUCGUUUUGGACUCUAUUGAAGAAUACAGCAGUAGUGGCAGCAGCAACUAA